AAUAUCGCCGACUUUUCCAAUACAGCCUCCGGUACGGUUUUACUUCGUGUUGAGAAUGGUGCUCUUUGUAAGUAGUAAAAGUAUCUAGAGUCACAGUAAAGUGCCUCUGGAAUUGAUUCAUACUAGAACAAGUGAGCUUGUAUAAGAAACACAAUCAGGCAAUCAGCACAAACACAACAACAAAGCGACACACAAGCUGAAGCUCAUCUUCUAUCUCUCGCCUAGCAGGGGUUUCAAUCAUAAUGUGGAAGCUCCAAUUCGGAUGUGCAUUAUAGUCCAACAGCAAGUUUCCAAGCAAGUAGCUUUCUUUCUUUUUCCCCCGUUGAAUUCCAAGCAUAAGCAAGUAGCUUUCAAGAUAAAUAUUUAUUAUAAAUUUAUAAUAUAUAUGAUUGUUGAAAACAAAGCAAUAUCAGCUACGUGUAACACUAGAUCAAUGAAACCAGAGGGAUAUUCCAUUUCCAGAAUAUGAUCACAUGAUUGUCUUGUCGAAAGUUGGCAAAGCAAUUCAAACUUAUCGGUGAUCGAGAAACCCCAAGGAAGAAACCACAACAGGGAAAAGAGAAGAAAAGGUAAUGGCAGAAGCUCAGCUUAAGUUCUUACUGCAAAGAUGGGAGUCCCUUUUAGUUCAAAAGGCUGAUAUUUUUGCCGGGGUUGGAGAUCACCUCGGAAGGAUUCGACGCACACUCCAGGAGAUGGGAGGACUCCUGGCAGAAAGAAGCAGUUCAGAAAGCGAUGAUGGGUUCUGUAGCUGGGUGAGUGAAAUCCGAGAUUCACUCCUCAACAUGGACGAUCUCGUUGACGAGUUCAUCAUUCACGUGGAUCAGCAAAAUGAUUCGAUGGGUGGCAGCAUGCUUACAUCCGAAUCCUUCAAGCUUGAGCUACACAAGGCAGAAGCCGACCUGGAAGAGAUAGUCAGCAGAAAGCCUGAACUAAUUCAUGAGAAAGGAGGUCAGACUAGCUCUGCUUCAACAACAACUUCAGUUGAUGAAUUCAGGUCGAAAUACAGCAACUUGCCUUACUAUCUUCAAUCUUUAUUGUUGUACUGCUGCAUCUUCCCUGAGAAUCACUGGAUCUCCAAAGGGAAGUUGAUCAGAUUACUAGUAGCUGAAGGUCUGGUUCAAGAGGAAGCUGCUGGAAGAUUACCAGAGGAAAUAGCUGACGAAAACAUCAACGAACUGAUCACUCGAGGGAUGAUUUACAAGAAGAACGAACACCCAGGUAAUCAGGAUGGUCUAGAAGGGAACUGGCUGAGUUUUCAGGGAGCGAAGUUUCUAAGGAUCUUAGAUCUUGAAGCAGCAAGGAUCAAGAGCAUACCUGAAGAAUUGGGAGACUUGAUCCACUUGACAUAUCUUGGGUUGAAACACAAUGAUAUAGUUGAUCUUCCGGUGACAAUCAGCAAUCUAAGAGCAUUACAGACACUGGACAUCAGAUGGUGUGGGAGCCUGACUUCACUCUCAGGUGAGAUACUAAACCUGAUUAGACUAAGGCACCUCAAAAUGUUCAAGAACAUGAAGAUGCCAGAAGGCAUAAGUAAACUUACAAACCUCCUUACCCUCACUGGAAUACAUGGUGGAGGCGACAUUCCAUUAGAAUUGGGCAAACUGAGACAGCUCAGGAGUUUGGGAGUGAUGGAUGUUACUGAAGAUACUGCGGAUGCGCUAUUUGCUUCUAUAACUAGACUGCAAAAUCUUCUCAGCUUGUCUCUGGAGGCAAAAUGGAGUGCGGGUAAAGAAAAGCUCACCCUCCUCGAUACAUUUUCACCUCCACAUCUUCUUCGGAAGCUUCGCCUAGAAGGACGUCUAGAAAAUAUACCGAGCUGGUUUCACUCUUUGAACAACCUAACAAUGCUGAGAUUGGGUUUCUCUCAUUUGGAAGAGGAUCCGGCGUUGGCACUCCAACAACUACCUAACUUGCAGAAUCUCACUCUGUGGCAUGCAUAUGAUGGGAAGCAGUUGGGGAAGGAAUUCUGCAAGGCCGGAGGAUUUCCCAAACUUGAGAUUCUCAGCAUUGCUUCUCAUGUCCUUGAGGAAUGGACAGAGGUGGAGGAAGGAGCACUGCCUAGCCUGCAAUUUGUCACCACAUUAAAACAGUUGGAUCUGCUGCCGCUGAAUGAUGAUCAUGUUGAGAGACUGAAACCUGAUGGAGGGGAGGAGAACUACAAGAUCGAGCACAUUCCAACCAUAAGAUUCCUCCCAGUGUCUGCACUGAAGUUCUCACCCCCCAACUGA